UAUGGCGGCUGCGCGGCUUCAGCCUUGAGAGUCGCUGGAAAGCACGACUGCGAGCGCUUCGCGGCUCGCAGCUUUGCCCGGUCCAGAGAUGGCGGCCAUGAGUCUCCUGCUCCGGACGGCGGCCCGCGCCGGAGUCCGGCGGGCGCUGACCGUCUCCGCGUGGCUCGGGCGCGCGCCGCUGCUAGGCCCGUCUGCCAGUCGUUCCGGAGUGAUCGUUCCAUUGCGCCAUGCCAGUGACGCAAAAAGGAUGUUUUUCAUCAGAGCAUCACGGUUUUAUGAUCACCGAUUUUUGAAAUUAAUGUAUUGGUAUACUUUCUUAACUGGAAUCCCAGUGCUUCUUCUGGUAACCUUUGCUAAUGUCUUUAUUGGUGAAGCUGAAUUGGCUGAGAUCCCAGAAGGUUAUAUUCCAGACCACUGGGAAUAUUAUAAACACCCUAUAAGUCGGUGGAUUGCACGCUACGUCUAUGACCCCCCUGAAAAGGAUUAUGAAAAGGAAAUGGCUAGGAUAUAUAUUGAAACUGAGAAAAUGAAGUUAAGGAAGCUGGAAGCGGAGGCAACUCAUAUGAUGUACUACAGGGGGGAUGGACCAUGGUAUCAAUAUGAAGCCCCAGGCACGGCCACAAUUGAUUAUUCUCCUAAAGCAGCGCCCGACCGCUGAGCAUGUUCAAGUUGGAGUCUUCUGCAGGCACCCCUACAGAGCAGUUAAAAUAAGUAAUGUAUAUCUAACUUAAAUCAAAAUGUGUGCUGCCCAGAGUUGUCACAGAGUUGGGUAGCCUUACACAUGUAAUUAAAUAAAUAAAUAUCCUGAUUCAGUAACCCUUGUACUAGCGAAAAUACUUUUUCAUUUACUGUACCUUUUUUAUGUGUGUGCUCCAGAAUAAAUUCCAUUCAGUUCAA